ACCAAUUGCCUUCGCGGAGUACAUAAUGAGCGAUAUCCAUCAGAAGCCAUCAGUAAUCAAUAUGAUAUACGUCGGUCCACUAUUCUUCAUCAUUUGCUACCUCUGCGCAAACACCCAUGCACUGGGGCCAUAUGGGGAAGUGCGCUGUGUUACGAUGGUCCAAGCGGACGCGGAAUCCUACGAAUAUCGCAUUCCAGAUGAUAACCCAGUGCUGAAAGGUAUAGACAAGGCCACGACCGGUUGGUACCGCCGCGUUGAAUGGAAACAAAAUGUCACAGCGGGCUUGAAGCUGACGUAUGUGAGGGAUGAAAGAAAGUACAAUGGCAACAACUACUGGUGGUGGAAUAGGGCCAAUGGUACGGUUAAUCUGUGUGAUAUGAGACUGAGAGACGAGGGUGGCUCCUGGGCGCAUUUUGUACGAGAAGCCCUCGGACUGGCGAACGGAUGUCCCAGACCUGCGGGUGAGGUCAAGACCGAUGGAGGUUUGUUCUCUGGUGGACGAUGCAGAACCUUCACCUUAGAUACCGAUGAUAAAUGGAGAUCGAAUGAAAAACACAGGCUCUUCCUCGAUGUGGUAGAUGGUGGAGGUAAUAAAUUACUUACAGGAGUAGGCGAUCUCUUCUGAGAGACUAUUUGUUGCAAUUUAAGGAAUUCUACUUGAAUUUUUAUCUUUGAUGCAUUUCUUAUUCAAUUUAAUGGAAUAAAUUGUUUAUGUUUUCUCUGA